AUGCCAGCUAAGGGUAAAUACUUCUUCAACGAAAAUGAUGACUGCAGGAUAUCAGACCCGCUCUAUGAGAAGUACCGCUAUACAAGCCAGCAGCAUCCACUCCUGCUAUUGCUGCUCUUCAUUGCAAUCCUCUUCUGGACUACUCUAAUUAUCAUCUUUUUUGUCACUGAUGAAGCACAUCAUCAUCUUGCCUUCAUUAUUGCAGUAUGUGCUGCUCUUGUCAUAUUUGCAGUCAUGUACUUACUUUUAUGUAUUGAAUCCCUGUUUCGGAGAUGGCUAACGUUAUUUGGAGUUAUGAUUUGGAUUUGCUUCUUAAUCGUAGGAUAUGUAUCUCUUUUUGAAAGAAAAAAUGAUUAUCAACUGUGGGAACAGGUGCCAUUCUUUCUAUUCAUAAUCUUCACAGUUUAUACCAUGCUACCCUUUGGGAUGAGAGGUGCUGUCAUAAUUAGCGUUCUUUCUGCUCUCUCCCAUAUUAUUGUUCUAAGCAUUGUGGUAAGCAUGACUUCUCAGGAAAAUAAGGAGUCCAUUCUAUUUCAGCUACUUGCCAAUGCUGUCAUUUUUCUUUGUGGUAACCUGAUGGGUGCAUUCCACAAACGCCAAAUGCAGGUUGCUUCGUGGGAUUUGUAUCGAUACACGUUAAAGUGCAUUCAGGUCCGAAUGAAACUGAAGAUUGAAAAGAGGCAACAAGAAAAUUUGCUUUUAUCUAUACUGCCAGCUCAUAUCUCUAUGGAAAUGAAGCUAGCAAUCAUAGAGCGACUAAAGGAAACUAAUGAUAAUAGGCAAACACAUGACAACAACUUCCACAGUCUAUAUGUAAAAAGGCACCAAAAUGUUAGCAUUCUUUAUGCAGACAUUGUAGGAUUUACUCGCCUUGCCAGUGACUGCUCUCCUAAGGAACUAGUAGUGAUGCUGAAUGAACUUUUUGGAAAGUUUGAUCAGAUUGCAAAGGAGAAUGAAUGCAUGAGAAUAAAAAUCCUGGGAGACUGUUACUACUGUGUGUCAGGCCUACCUGUGUCCUUACCGGUUCAUGCCAGGAACUGUGUUAAAAUGGGACUCGACAUGUGUGAAGCAAUAAAGCAGGGGAGAGAAGCCACAGGAGUGGAUAUCAACAUGAGGGUUGGUAUUCAUUCAGGGAACGUGCUGUGCGGUGUAAUCGGCCUUCGGAAGUGGCAGUAUGACGUCUGGUCGCAUGAUGUGUCCUUAGCGAACCGCAUGGAGUCCGCGGGCGUACCUGGCCGUGUACACAUCACUGAAGCAACAUUAAAUCACCUAGGCAAAGCUUAUGAAGUAGAAGAAGGGAAUGGACACCUGAGGGAUCCUUACCUUGAAUCCAUGAAUAUCAAAACCUAUUUAGUGGUUGAUCCAAGGUCCAAACAAUGCGUAUCAAAUAAUCAUCUCCCUAAAACAAGAGUUAAUGAUGGGCUGAAGAUGCGUGCCUCUGUUAGGAUGACACGGUAUUUAGAGUCCUGGGGAGCAGCCAGGCCCUUUGCCCACCUGAACCACAGAGAAAGUGUGAGCAGUGACUCUUCAAGUUCACAAGGAAGGCGAAGAAAGGAAAUACCUUUGUGUUCCACCGGGCGCCAGAGAACUUCUGAUAGAAAUUCGUCUCAGAAGGGAAGGAUAGAGGAAGAUAUUUAUGAUGAAAUGAUGUCAACCAUUGAGGGUCUCAGUUCAACUAAUCCGUGGUGUGGCAAAUCGGAUGACUUCUGGGUAUUUUCACUGAUUUUUGCAGAACCCAGUCUUGAAAAAGAGUAUCGCACCAUUCCUAUUCUAAAACUGAAGAGCUACUUCGCAUGUGCCAGUUUUGUGUUCCUCUGUAUAUUUCUGAUACAGAUGUUUAUAAUGCCAAAAACUGCAAAACUAGGAAUUUCCUUUGGCAUUGUUGCAGUCAUCAUUGUACUUAUUUUGUUUGUGUGCUUUGCUGAGAAAUUUAUGAAGUGCUGCCCAGAACAGUGGCCUUGCCUGCGCCAUCUUUGUGCUAUCUCAGAAAAGGUGGAAACAAUGCCUUUACUGAGGCUUCCUUUAGCGGUCAUCACUAUAGGUGCCUUGCUGAUUAUAGCCAUUUUUAAUUUCUAUUAUACUUACUGCUGCAUAUUGGGGUUCAUUGCUUGCUCGGUAUUUCUUCAAAUGAGCUUCGAACUCAAAGUUCUCCUCCUGUCCAUUGCUGUGACUGUAUACCUCAUCAUUUUUAAUACCCUUCAGAAUGGAAACUUGAACCUCUGUGACAACCGUACCAGUCUUUUCAUCAAAGAGCCAAGGAAAAUGACUAGUUUAUACCUGAUUCUGUUUUACAUAACCCUAAUUUUACUUGCAAAGCAGAUUGACUAUUACUGUCGACUGGAUUGUCUGUGGAAGAAUAAGUUUAAAAAAGAACAUGAACAGUUUGAAACGAUGGAGAAUGUUAACAGGCUUUUGCUGGAAAAUGUACUUCCAGCACACGUUGCUGCCUAUUUCAUUGGUGAAAAACGAAAUGAGGACUGGUACCAUCAAUCUUAUGACUGUGUCUGUGUCAUGUUUGCAUCGGUGCCAGAUUUUAAGGUGUUUUAUACUGAAUGUGAUGUCAAUAAAGAAGGCCUGGAAUGCUUGCGGCUGUUAAAUGAAAUCAUUGCUGAUUUUGAUGAGCUCUUGUUAAAACCUAAAUUUAGUGGUGUUGAAAAAAUAAAAACCAUUGGAAGCACUUACAUGGCAGCAGCUGGUCUCAGUGUUACACCAGGCCAAGAGAACAACCAGGAUAAGGAAAGACAGCAUGCUCACAUUGGGAUUAUGGUGGAAUAUGGAAUUGCCUUGAUGAGUAAACUGGAUGGCAUCAACCGACAUUCCUUUAACAAUUUCCGCUUACGUAUUGGGAUAAAUCACGGCCCUGUGAUUGCUGGUGUGAUUGGUGCCCGGAAACCUCAGUACGAUAUUUGGGGCAACACUGUUAAUGUUGCUAGCCGAAUGGAGAGUACAGGGGAGCUUGGGAAAAUCCAGGUCACAGAAGAAACAAGUAAAAUACUCCAGGAGUUGGGAUAUUCAUGUGAAUGUAGGGGACUCAUUAAUGUCAAAGGCAAGGGAGAACUGAGGACUUACUUUGUUUGCACCGAGACUGCCAAAUUCCAAGGUAUGGGACUGAACUGA